UUACACUUGAUUUAUUGUUUGCUAGGGGCUAUAAGUGAGAACAGAGGUGGAAGAUACUGAAUCUCAGUCUCUGGUACGGGUCAAGCACCCCAAAACCUGAGAUCCGACACUUCCCACUUCACUCAAACGUGCCAAUCUUUACAUUCUCCCUGCAUGGUAAAUUACCACGUCCUUCAAAACCAAGCCCCCGGUUUUAAAUAGAAGAAUAUAUUGAUAUGAUGAGUAUGAGCACGUUGGUAAACCGGGCGAUCAAUAAUUUGAGAAUACAGUUGAUAAAAUGUGACAGCAAGAACAUAUUUAGGUGGAGCACUCGCGUUGCCAGGAAGAACAUGGCUUCUGAUCUGUGAUCCUCCAGUGCAUCUGUGUCGAGCUAAAGGCGAACAUCAGCAUGCUAACGUAUUGAUGUUUAGCAGGUAUCAUGUUUAUCAUGUUUAGCAGGUAAACGAUUUCUUCAAGCUAACACUGUCAUUCAUUCUGCAGCUUUUGGUGCCGACGAUGGCGCUGGAGCUAAAGUCAGAUAAUCACCAAAGUUAUUCCAAUUCACCCUUUUGGGUAACAUGAACGUCUGCAACAGAUUUCAUAACAAUCGACCUCGUGUGAGACCUUUCAUUCUGGAUCACAGUGGUAGAGCAUCUCUUGAGGCACCCUGACAUAUCAUAACAGGAACAGUUGCAAAAAACAUAUUAACAAAGUCUCUGUUCUACUCAAGUGUCACAUUGAGUCAUUGAGACCAGUAUGCACGAUACAAGGAACCUGAAACCGAAGUGGCUAAUCAAAUCCGCCGUCAUUAAUUUGAUGAAUCACACCUGCGCUUUACUUUCUGCCACACGUCAACAAUUAUUAAAAUUUCAUGAAAUAUUUUUUUUCUUUUUUCUUUCUUAUUUUUUUUUAUUUUUUUUAUUUUUUUAUAUACUUUUAUUAAUCCCCAAGGGGAAAUUAGUUCUCUGCAUUUAACCCAUCCUUAGUUAUUAAGGAGCAGUGGGCUGCAGUGAUGCGCCCGGGAAGCAACUGGGGGUUCAGUGCCUUGCUCAAGGACACUUCGACUUGCAACUAAUGGGGUGAGCGGGGAUCGAACCGACAACCUUGGGGUUGCAGGACGACCCCCUUACCCCACUGAGCUACAGCAGGCUCAUUUUGAUUUAAAAAAAACAUGUUUGAUCAGUUUAAUACAAAUGUAAAUCCUCUUGUCGAUCAUGUUGUCCCUACAAUUCUAACUGUUUGUGUAUCACUGCCCUGACUUUCCUUCUGAAGCCACCAGCAGGUUGACAUUUUGUGUUUUAAGUGAAAUUUAAAAAGUAUAUUUACUGCCACAGGAUUUGAGGCAUACCUUUGCUUACCCCCCGAAUGAUGAAUCAUUUGAAUUGAAGAAGAUCUGCACAACCCACCUGCCCGCUAGUUAGCUAGCUAACACCUAAAGAGCCAAACAUAGUAGUCACCCACCUGGCAAUAGCCAUGUGCUUUCCUUCGCUGUGACAGGGAUGUGUGGCUGACGCCCUCCAUUGUUACGUUACUACUCUCGUUUAAAUUGUUACCACAAAAUCUCAUCUCAGUGAAACCAAGAGUCGCUGUAAAUCCGCUAAGUUCAUACCGAAACUAGCCCGCGACAACAAUCGCAAUGGCAGCGUUACGCAUUGAAAUGGCCGCCGUUCUAAAGCCUCCUUCUGCUAUUUCAUUUCUGCUGGUAUUCCACAGUGAUGAUUGGCAACACAACGCUGCUCCCAACACAAACGUUAUGUUAAAGCCUCCCACCAAAAGAAUAACUUACAUUAAUCGAGAAGUCUCAAAAUAUGACAAUAACCUCCCACUGCUGCUUCAAUGACCAAAAAGUACCAGGAACAAAACACUGUGUAUUUUUGAACUUCACUGUCCAUGUGCUUGUGCAACAGGAGAGCUCAGCAGUGGACAUGGCCUUUCCCAAGCAUUCCUUCCUGCAGGCCCUGAGUGUGCUGCUCGUGGCCUCGGUGUUGGUGCGUUGCCAGGCCCCUCUCGAACCAGAGGAAGAGGACGAGGAAGAGGCCGCCGCCGCUGUUGCGAUGGCAAAAUCCGAGCCGCUCGAAUGUCCGCCGGAGUGCAGCUGUACGGCAGACGGGGCGGUGGACUGCGCUGGAGUCGACCUCACGGAGUUCCCCGCCGAUCUGCAUGACGGAACGCGACAGCUCUCUCUGCAGAACAACAGAAUUGCGGAGAUGACAGUGGAGCACAUUUCCCAUCUGCAUCAGCUCGAGACGCUCAACCUUCAGAACAACUGGCUCACCACCAAUGGCCUCGAAGAUGAAGGUUUUGAGAUGCUCGAAGAGUUGGCUUAUUUAUACUUGGCAAAUAACAAGCUCAACUUGGCUCCAAAAGUCUUACCACCCUCUUUGGUCAGUGCUGAUUUUGCUGCUAAUGAGCUUACAAGGAUCUACCCAUAUACAUUUGGCCAAAAACCCAAACUGAGGUCCGUGUAUCUCCACAACAACAAGUUGACUGACGCAGGACUUCCUGACAAUACGUUCAAUGGUUCCGACAAGCUGGAGAUUCUCACCAUGUCCAGCAACUUCCUGCGAGUCGUCCCAACGAACUUGCCAUCCAGCAUUUACCGUCUUCAUCUGAAGAGUAACAUGCUCGAGAAAAUCCCAGCGGGGGCCUUUGAGAACUUGCCAAACCUCAGAGAGUUGUAUCUUCAGAACAACCUCCUCAGCAAUGAGGGCAUGGAUAACGAGACCUUCAGCCAUUUGAGCAGCCUGGAGUGUCUGGAUUUGUCAAAUAACAACCUGAGCGUCGUCCCCAAAGGUAUGCCUCGCAAUCUCGUGCUGCUACACCUGGAGAAGAACUCCAUCAAUAGUAUCCCCGGGGACGCUCUGGCUUCUGUCCGAAACCUUGAGUACCUGCUGCUCCACAAUAACAAGCUGCGCUCACGUUCCAUCCACCCGACUGCCUUCCAGGGCUUGAAGAAGCUGCACACUCUCCACAUGUACAACAACUUGCUGGAGCGAGUUCCCAGGGGUUUGCCGAAGCGGGUCAAGACCCUAAUGAUGCUCCACAACUUCAUAAACGAAAUUGGCCGUAAUGACCUGGCCCUGUUGUUCACCCUGACCGAGCUCAACCUGAGCUAUAACAAACUGACCAGCCCCAAAGUUCACCGCGAGGCCUUCAGAAAGCUGCGCAUUCUGGAAACCCUGGAGCUGUCGGGGAACUUCCUUCAAUCGAUGCCCAUGGGUCUUCCUCGCAGCCUCCGGGUGCUCGAAAUCAAGAACAACCAGCUGAAAUCUAUACCGGACGGUGCUUUGACGGGAAUGGAGAAGCUACAAAAGCUCAUCCUCAGCAACAACCAGCUGAAACUGAAUUCAGCCUACCAGGGAGCUUGGAUGGAGCUCAGUGCGCUCACAACGCUAGACCUCUCUGGCAACCAGCUGUCACACAUCCCCUCUGACCUGCCGGAGUCUCUGGAGUACCUUUACCUGCAAAGUAACCGCAUCUCCAGAGUUCCUGCUUCAGCGUUUGAAGGCACUCCGAACAUCAAAGGCAUCUUCCUUCGGUUCAACCGCCUGUCUGUGGACAUUGUGGACGAGAGCUCGUUCGCAUUCCUGUCCAACUUGCAAGUGCUGGACAUCGGCACAGAAAACACCGACCUCCCCUUUAAAGGAGAGGAGAUGGAGGAGGAGCAGGAAACAUAAAGACGUGCUUACAUGAACUGACGUUGGACGGCGUUGUGUGGAGGGCAGAACGGGCUUAUAAAUGGGAAUGAACCUCUGAACAUCAUUUCCCAGUUACAUUUCUGAGUUGGCAGAGUUACAUAUUUCUGGUGCAGGAUACCGGAUGAAGUUCCAUAAGUUUCCAUUUUUUGGGCUGGUUAGUAUUACAUAUCUUUAUAUCUGAGCUUUAAAUAUUUGUAUGUCUGUAUGUCUGCGGACAUUCUAUGGUCAAAUUUGUGUUUUCAUUGCCAAGGGUUGUAAGCAGUUUCCCAUUAGAACCAACGAUUAUGAUUACGUAUGAAUUUAAUUUCAAACUUCUGAAUGAAAGUCUGCAACCGUCGAAGUCUCAAUUUUGUUAUCGAUUAAUCGAUUCCUUUUCUUCUUCAAGUAAUCAAUGAAUUACUGAGUCAUGAAAUGUCACAAAAGACAAAUACUCAUCACCGGCCUGAAGUGAUUUCAUUUAAUCAGGUCGACAAUCCAGAAAACUCAUUCCGUUUAUAACGAUGGGGCAAAAGAAAAGAUGACCUCACGUUUGAGGAGCUUCAAAUUUACAAUUCUUAAAAUGUUCAUGAAAUCAAGCACCAAUUUUGGGAAGAUUCAUGGUCUGCGUUUUUUAGCAAAUCAUUUCAUUGUUACUGGCGGAGCUACGGUUAUGUUUCAAAUCAAGAAUCCAUCGACAAGGGAUUCAUUGGACCGGAUGCACAUAUUUGAUCAUGAGUUCAGUAUUUCCGUGUUGGAUGACAUUGCAUUUUUAUUAAAACAUUGCAUUUGAUGAA